AUGGCGCAUUCUGCCACUGCUUCUGAAACACUGCCUCCCUCGACGCUGGACACCACCGAAAACAAUCUCCAGCCCUUUUUUGUUCUUCACAGAGCAUUGUCUCAGAAACCCGAGAAAAAACCAUCUGGAACAGGGAAAACCAGGAGGCGUAUUGAUCUGUCUCCAUCAUUAACUAAGAAUGGUGAGAGCUUAGAUGCUGAGAAAGCUGAAGCAUGCGAUGAUCAUCGGCAUGUGAGCAUGAAAAUGGAAGCUUUUAAGGCUGUUUGGUCAAAGAUCAAGUCAACCAUUGAAGAUGUUUUGAGGGAUAUCAACACUAAUGCAUUCAAUGAGAUACAUUGUUGGGUUCGUGAGUCUUUCAACACCAUCACAUCAUUUACAAAACCUACAUUUCCUGAAGCAACCAGGUCUUUUCCAAUGGUAACAGAUGCUACCUCUAAACAACUAUUCGCUGGGCUGGUUCUCACCAAGAAUAUGGAGUUUGUUGAUGAUCUGCUGACAUUCAAAGAGCUUGGUUCACAUUUGAAAUCUCAAGGAUGCCAUGUGGCUAACCUUUCCUCACUGGAUUUUUCUGUGAAAAAUGGUAUUGGUGGUUGUUUAAGAAGUUUAUUGAGACAGUUCUUAAUGGUUACUUUGGAUGCAGCUGAUGUAUCCAUCUUAGCAACAUGGUACAGGGAACAAGGAAGCUGUAAUAAUCCAGUGGUUAUAAUAAUAGAGGAUAUGGAUCGAUGUAGUGGGUCUGUCUUGUCUGACUUCAUCCUCAUGCUGAGGUAUGUGGGUGCAUUUUUGUCAUCUUCCCAUCCUGCUUUACUCAUUGCAUUUUGUGCUAUCAGUUCUGUUACUUAA